AUGUCUGCUUCAACGAGCAACUCGAUCAUUAUUGUUGGCGCUGGUGUCUUCGGCCUCAGCACCGCCUUGGAACUUAAGCGUCGCGGCUAUAGCGAUGUCACCGUUUUGGACCGGUACAAUCCUCCAGCUGUCGAUGGAAGCAGCGUGGAUAUCUCACGGAUUAUUCGAAUUGAUUAUGCCGAUCCCGUCUAUUGUCAAAUGGCCUAUGAGGCAUAUCAGGGAUGGAAGACCGAGUACAAGGAUCAAUAUUACGAAUCAGGCUUUGCGCUCUUGUCGGAGACACCCAACAAUGACUGGAUUUCGAAGUCUGCGGCGACUGUGCGGGCCAACGGCGGUACGGUUGAGGAUCUAGAGGAUGGGGUGAUGCUGAAAAAGUCGUAUCCGAAUAUCCAGUCUAACUUGGGUGGCAUGAGUGGAUAUCUCAACCGGAGGGGUGGCUGGGCCGACGCUGCUGGAAGCAUUCAAAAGCUGGCCGCUCGGUGCAGUGUGGCAGGCAUCUCGAUCAUCAGCGGGCCUCGCGGAAGUGUGGUAUCUCUUGUUCGGGAAGGCUCUAGGGUUGUGGGGGUCAAUCUUGCGAAUGGAAGCUCUCUUCGUGCUUCUCAGGUCAUCCUGAGCACUGGAGCAUGGACGAACCGACUUUUGGACGUUGCACAUGCCGCAUCAUCUUCUGGGCAGCCGGUUGGCUUCAUUCAACUCACUCAAGAUGAAGCGCGUUCUCUGGAUAACACACCCGUCAUGAUCAACAUGUCGACUGGUGUCUUCGUGUUUCCUCCGACGCCUGGCAGCAACAUUUUGAAGGUUGCCCGUCACGGGUACGGAUAUGCCAAUGAGGUGACGGUGCAGGAUGGCGGUGCGAGCCGCACCAUCUCGUCGCCAAAGUUCGACAGCAGCAACUCAGAGACUGGAUAUCUGCCCGAGGAUGCUGAUGAGGAUCUGCGGAAGGGUCUGCGUCAGUUCUUCCCGGAGUUCGCCGACCGGCCGUGGCUGAACCGCCGUUUAUGCUGGUAUACGGACACUCCUAAAGGCGAUUUCAUUAUCGACCACCAUCCCACACUACAGGGUCUUUUUGUGGCUACGGGAGGAGCAGGCCACGGAUUCAAAUUCCUCCCUGUCUUGGGCAAAUAUAUUGCCGACUGCUUUGAGAACAAAGCACCUGAGGAACUACGACAGAAGUGGAGACUCCAACCGGCACCUCGUGGUGCCUCCAGUGCGUAUAGCAUGAAAGGCGAUGGAAGUCGGGCUGGUCCCCCUUUGAGAAAGCUCACUACAAUGGAAAAGGCCAAACUGUAA